AACCACCAUUGACAAUUUUCACAACUUCAAAUUAGCAUUACUUAUUAGAAUUUGGGAUUCUGGGAAACGUCAUGCGUCACCUAACCUCAAACUUGCAACGUGUUUCAAAUUCAAAUAAACCGGUGUAGAACCACCAUGAACAUCAAAGAAUUGAAUUCGCGGCUUGUUCUAACAUCGGGGGACACCAUCGUUGCCCUUGACACCACUUCAGGCACCACUCAAACUGUCACAAUCCCAGCCCCCAAUUUGCCCCCAAAUCUCACCAAAGGACAACUUGAAGUACUCAACAAGCAAGACCGCACGAUUAGCUCCCUUGCCACGUCUCAAACCGGGCAAUACAUAGUUGUGUCAACCGAAAACAAGCAAAUUGUUCUAUUUGACAACAAUUUAAAUCUAAUCAGAAAUUUUAUAGUGAAUAGGGCUGCAAGUAAGGUGCUUUUUACUAAUCAGGAUGAUAUACUAGUCGCCGACAGGACCGGUGAUGUGUUUUUGUAUAAAUUCAACGAUGAAAAAACCGAACCGACUUUACUUUUGGGUCAUUUAAGCAUGAUUUUGGACAUGAAGUUAAGUGAAUGUGGGAAGUACAUUGUGACGUGUGAUCGAGACGAGAAAAUUCGAGUUUCACAUUUUCCAAAUACGUACAAUAUUGUUAGUUUCUGUCUAGGGCAUGAGGAGUUUGUGACUAGGAUUGAUUUUGUGAAACAUGUUUUAGUUUCUGCUUCUGGUGAUGGCACUCUAAGAGUUUGGGAUUAUUUAAAAGGGGAACAAUUGAGUGUCAUUAACACCAAUAAUCACGUCGAUGAUGCAAAUUUAUUAAAGGAUUUGUCACUGGAAAUGGAUAAAGAAAAGGUUGAUGUUAGCGCUUUGCCCAUCAUUGACAUGCAAACUUUUUGUAGCGAUGGUGUUUUUAUUGCUGUCUCGUUACUUAAUUACAAAUCAAUACAAUUAUAUAAAUUGUCACUUGAUAAUCAUGUUUGUACAUACGUAAAAAGUAUUCAAUGUGAUGAAACUCCUUUGAAAUUUCAUUUGUCCACGAAUUUAUUUAUUUUUGAUAAUUCAAAAUUGACCAUUUAUGACUAUUGUAGUGAUUCAAGUCGCACUGAACCGAAACCAGCUUUAAAAAUCGCUGAUUGUCACAAUUUUAUUACAGUUUUAUACAAGAGGAAAUACGAUAAUGUUCAGGAGUAUUUAGAAAGGAAAAAAUUGCGGUUGGAAUCAAACAAAUAAAUUUCAUUGUAGAUAAAA